AUGUAUUUGCUAAAGGAGAAGUUUUUAAUAAGUGACCGUGACAGAGACCCUCAGUGUAACCUGCACUGCUCCAGGUCCCAGUCCAAGCCUCUCUGUGCCUCCGACGGCAGGACGUACGAGUCCAUGUGUGACUACCAGAGAGCCAAAUGCCGGGAGCCCAGUCUGAGCGUCACGCAUCGUGGCCGCUGCAAAGAUGCUGGCCAAAGCAAGUGUCGAUUAGAGAGAACUCAAGCGCUGGAACAGGCAAAGAAACCUCAGGAAGCAGUCUUCAUCCCAGAAUGCAAUGAGGAUGGAUCAUUCACACAGGUGCAGUGCCAUACCUACACUGGAUACUGCUGGUGUGUGACUCCUGAUGGCAAACCUAUCAGCGGCUCUUCUGUACAGAACAAAACUCCUGUAUGUUCAGGUUCUGUAACUGAUAAGCCAUCAAGCCAGGGUAAUUCAGGAAGGAAAGUUUCUUUUCGAUUCUUUUUAACCCUCAAUUCAGAUGAUGGUUCCAAGCCAACGCCUACCAUGGAAACCCAGCCGAUUUUCGAUGGAGAAGAAAUCACAGCACCAACCCUUUGGAUUAAGCACUUGGUCAUCAAAGAUUCCAAACUGAACAGCUCCAGUAUAAGGAAUUCAGAGAAAGUUCACUCCUGUGACCAGGAAAGGCAGAGCGCCCUGGAGGAGGCCAGACAGAACCCCCGCGAGGGUAUCGUCAUUCCCGAGUGUGCUCCUGGAGGGCUCUACAAACCAGUGCAAUGCCACCAGUCAACUGGGUACUGCUGGUGUGUCCUGGUGGACACAGGACGCCCCUUGCCUGGUACUUCCACUCGCUAUGAGACCCCAGUGUGUGAAAGCGAUGCCAGAUCGAAGAGCACAGAGAUUGAUGAUCCAUUCAAGGACAGAGAGCUUCCAGGCUGCCCAGAAGGGAAGAAAAUUGAAUUUAUUACCAGCUUACUGGAUGCUCUGACUACAGACAUGGUACAGGCUAUAAACUCAGCAGCACCUACUGGGGGUGGGAGAUUCUCUGAGCCAGACCCCAGCCACACACUGGAGGAGCGAGUGGUGCACUGGUACUUCAGUCAGCUGGACAACAACAGCAGCAAUGACAUCAACAAGCGGGAGCUGAAGCCUUUCAAGCGUUAUGUCAAGAAGAAAGCCAAGCCCAAGAAAUGUGCCCGGCGGUUCACUGACUACUGUGACCUCAACAAAGACAAGUCAAUCUCACUUCAGGAGCUGAAGGGGUGCUUGGGAGUCAGCAAGGAAGGAGGUAGCCUGAGUGGUUUCCCCAAUGGAAAAAGACAAGGCCUUAACCCUUUCAGUGAGUAUCUUGUCAAAAAUUUCUGA